CAGCAUGACUAAACCAACACACACCAAACAGGAAGGAGUACAGAAUCGUGGAGUUUUAUCUGGCGCUGUGAAACUGUGAUUGCUGCAGACUUUGUCACCUGCAGCCCAUUAUAUUUAUCUGUGCGGGGUGGUUCUGGACAAAGAAUGGACAUGGAGAGAAAUUAGACAAAGUACAGCGACCUUCCAUCCUUUUAUUUGCAGCUGAAACAAACAGUUUUUUACAGACUGGCUGAACAAUCAGAACACAGACAUCAAAAUCUUUUCUACAAGGAGCAAAACAAACAAACUGUAACUCCGAAUGGUGGAGCUGCCAACCGCAGAAUUACUGUAUUCAUGACCAAUUCUUGGUUCUGGUGUGCUGAUGUAUUUGAGUAAUAAUCAAAACUACCACCAGAAGAAAUAAGAACUUUCCUUCUCAACUGUGGUUUUGUGAAUAAACAAAGGAAUGAAAUUGAUUAUCCUGCCUUCAGAGGCCGUGUCUGGCUUUAAUGUACAAGAAAAAACACAGAACUCCGGAAUAAAGCAACUUUAAUUGAAUGCAUUGGAGCUCUGAAUACAAACCAGUCCCUGGAAUGACCUUUCCAGAGUGAUAUGUUAUUACUCACAUGCACCUAACAGCAGGAAGCUGCCAUAUACACAGUUCCCCUUCACGUCACUGUAGAGUUAUGAUCUCCAAGAUAAAGGGCAGAUCCUUUUCUCCGAAAGAAAAAUAAUCUGCGGGCUGGAGAUUGGGAUGCAGACGAAAAGCAUGUUUUGGUGACCAAAAUAGCAGAGGAGGAAGAGCAACGUCUGGGAAAAGAGAAAAAGGAGUAUUAGAGGGAUGCGAAUAGGGAAGACUGGACUGUUUCUCAGCCCCCUUUGCCAGAUUUGCAACAGAGCACAACAAACUUGUGCAAUUUUCGUGGCAGUUGUCCAUGGGAACUCAUCCAAGGCACAUCGGAUUUGACCCUCCUGGGAGGUCCUAUUAGACAGAGAAUAAUACUUCAUGAAGACCAAAGUAAAGCGCACUUCUUCUGUCAAAUUUCGGCUGAAUGCAGGACAACAUUUGGAAGGAUUACUGUUGAAAGGGAAGCCAUAACCGGAAGCAGGAACCUGGAAAGCUGAGCUACUCCUUUCCUUGUCCAUUUUUGUGUGUUGUCUUGUAUUCCUAAACUUAUUCACUGCCUGCCAGUAAGGACUAAAACUUCCAUCUUCCAACUGGACCAACGAUUGAGCUGCCUGGAACGAAGCACUCACAUAUCCCCCUGCAGAGGGCUUUUGUUUCUGCUGCAGCAGAAGCAUUUCACCGUGGGUAGCGAUGGAGAUGGAGAAGGGACAUACAUCUAUCAGGAGAGGAGUGAGCUGGAGCCCAGGAGGAUUGAGAAAACCUCUACAGGCAACGCAAAACAUGCAUACCCCUGGGACAGAGUGCAAUGCAUCAUGGGAGACAACAGGAUUCAACAAAGAACAGAUGAGCCGGAAAACAAAUCUGACCAGGAGCGCCAGUUUAUCAGAGAAGGAGCUAAAGGAGGCUCGUGUCAGGAGUCAGAUCAUCGCUGCUCAGCUCACAGUCCCUUCCAACUCCAGCUCCAGAGGCGUGCAGCUCUUCAACCGGCGCAAGCAGAGAGUCAACGCCUUCACGCUUGAAAGCUGUGGAGAAGGGUCAGAGGAGGACAGAGCUGAGAAUGUGAAAACAGAACCCUCAUCUAACAAACUAACAUGGGCAGAGAGGAGCACUGAGGAAAAGGAUAGAGUCCUGAACUUAAAGAAUAGCGCUAGCAAGCCCCUUUUGUCACCACCUGGGACACAUUCAGUAGGUGAUAUCAUGGAGGAGCCGAGUAAGGAUUUCCACAAGGAAGAGGACAUGGAAGACAAUGUUAUCCAAGAGAGACAUUUCCUUCCUGUCAAGGAAGAGCAGGAGGAAGAGGAGGAGGCAAGAGAUAGAAUCCACGAGGAGCUUAAGGACAAAAACAAGGAUGAGAUUCCCCCUGGAAGUAAUAAAACUGGUCCAGUUUUGAUGGGGCAUGCUGAGGGGCAGGCAGAGAUAAAUGGGGGCCAAACAGGGCCAGUUCCCCCUGGAAAGCUUCAUAAUGGCUGCCACAGUACUUCUGGACCUGAGCGGGUGUCUGCGCCCACAACCAAACAGACAAGCACCAUCAUUAAUCGGACUGCCAGGCCCUUUUUUUCACCGCUGACAGUGCAGUCUCCAGAGGCAGCCAGCCCUGUCACAGAGAUCCCCCCUCCUCCUGCCUACGCCACUCCUCCUCUUCCUUCUUUCACUGCUCCCCAACCUUUGGCGUUCUCACCACCCCCUCCUCCUCCGUCAUACCCCACACCUCCUUUACCAGCCUUUACAAACCAACCUCCGCAGACCUACUACUCCAGUCCACCUCCGAUGUCUCCUGUCAUGUCCCCUCCACCAUCCCAGUACCCCAUGCCUUCUGUAUCUCAGUACCCACCCAUGCCCCAUUACGGCCCUCCCACAGCCCCAAAGCCCUCCGCCUUCGUUCCUCAGCCUGCUGGAGAGAGGAAGCCGAUAAUACAAAUUAAAACAGGAAUACUGGAGGAGGGUGCUGCUAGAAGGGGAAGUAGGAAGUCAAUGUUCACAUUCAAAGAGAAGACAGUGGUAGCUCCGAACCCUGAGCUGCUCUCCUUGGUGCAGGGGGCGGAUGAAAGGAAGAAACACGGACAAAGAUCUGUGCCUGAGCCAGCAUCUGAAGAAGAGUUAUUGGCGCUAGGUGCAGAGGCCUCCAACUUUCUUGCCAAGGAGGAGGAAAGGGCCGAGGAGGCAAUAGCACCAGAGUGGGCUUCUUGCCUCAAGACCUCCAGGACCCGUCCGAGGGCAGAGCACAGGCCGGAGCAGACCCUCACCAAUGUAUCAGGAAAGGGGGCUGAACUGUUUGCCAAGCGUCAGUCCAGGAUGGAGAAAUAUGUCAUUGAGAAGCAAAAUGCAGGACAAAGGAGGUCUCCUUCUCCUACAAUGUCGCUGCCACCAUCUUGGGUGUACCCAUCAAACAUGCCCGGCAGGGUUAAAGCCAUGGCUAAAAACUCUGACAUGAGCGCUCAAGUUUCACAAAACGUAAAGGCUCAACAAGCAGUCAAGCAAAAACCAAGGCAAAGAGCUCCAGCGCCAGAGCCAAUUCCAGAACCUUCUCCUCUAGAAAAUGGCUGCUCCAAGAUAGAGAUGGACUUGUCAAGGCACCGGCCCUACCAGCUUUCAUCUUCCCUCUUCAUCCUUAACCCAGUCAAGGACCCCAUGAGUACCCUACCCAAAGGAGCGCCACAGUCCAAGAACCUGAUAUCUACCCAGCCUUUCUCUCGACAGACCUCCUUACCUAAUAACCCUCCUUCUCACUUCAGUGCCCAAUGUAUGUCUCCACAGCUGCCCCUCAGCCCCACAGGAGGAGGAGGAGCAGAAUAUCCACCAAAUCCAGCUUAUGGGCAGCCAAGGAUCAGCUCUCCGGCCUUUUCUCCAGAGCGAGUAUCCUCUCCUCGGUCAGGGAUCCAGGCACCGAGGCCCAAAUUUUCUGCCAAGACUGCAGGGAUUACACCGCAGACACCAAAGGAUUCCUCACCAGCUGAAACCCCCACUGAGACUCCUACGCCAACCUGGACGCCCAGCCUCACCAGACGUUUCAGCAGCCCAGAGGGCCCCACUGGGGCCUGGACUCCCAGCCUCCAAAGUAAUCGGCCCUCCACCACCAUCUCCAGUCGCUCCGUUACUUCCCCUGUAUCCUCUCCCAGGGGCACAAGAUGCCAGUCCCCUAUGGCCAGUCAGAAUAUCCAGUUUUCCACUGCUACCUCCACUGCAGCAUCCAGACCCCCCCAAACAUCAGCCGCGUCUCGACGCUCUCCGUGGGGUUCAAGAUGUCAGUCCCCAGUGGUGAGCCAGAAUACUCAGUCCUCCAGCAUCACCUCCACACCUGGUUUCAGACCAUCCCAAACUUCUACGACUACUUCUCCUCCUUGGAGUUCAAGAUGCCAGUCCCCAAUGGUAAGCCAACAUACUCAGUCUUCCACUGUCACCUCCACGUCAACACCCAGACCCUCCCAGACAUCUACAGCCACAUCCCCUCGCUCUCCUUGGGGAUCAAGAUGCCAGUCCCCUAUGGUGAGCCAAAAUACCCAGUCUUCCUCCAUCUCCUUUGUUCCCUCAUCCAGACCAUCCCAAUCAUCCACAGUCACAUCUCCUGUCUCUCCUCCCUGGGGCUCACGUUCCCAGUCUCCUGCACUCUCUCAUACCAGUUUGUCCUUCUCCACCACUAAACCUCUGUACACAUCUUCUGCCACCUCACCCCCACCCAAAGACAGUCGCUGCAUGUCCCCCAUUAUUAACAACCCAGACUCUAAAGCCAACCAUCGUCUGCUGGCCAAGAACAUCAUCAAUGCAGCCAAACGUAAAAACAGCCCCUCCCCUGGAGCACUGAGCGGUCACAGCCUCCCCAUCUCACCUCUGGGAAAUUCCCACCAUGGCUAUGACUGUCACAAACCACCCAUCAGCCCUUUCCAGUCACGGGCAUUUGGGGCCCAGUCCCCUACCUUCACCAGCCCUCCCCAAACCCCCACACAGAGGAUCUGCUCUCCUGUGAGGCUCUACAACACUCGGUCUCUCACCGACUCUGAUGCCUCUGUUGAGUCUGAAGACUCAGGCCUCCGAUCGCCUGGCCUGCACUCCUACAACACCUGCCCCCGCGGCUGGGGAGGUAGCCUGAGGGUGAAGCGAAGCACCGUCUCCACUGACCUGUGAGGGUGUUUCUGGAAGGCAGUCAAAGCACGAAUUCUGCUUUCAUAGACUUUUUGGGGCAUUGGAUCAACCAGUAAGAGUUUCUGAUGGUAUUUCAUCAGACUAAUAGAAGAUACCUUUCUGUAACUUUGAUUACCGAUCUUGGACAAUGGUAAAUGUUGUAUUAAGGUAGAAUUAGUAUUUUAUAUGACUCACAUUCAUAGUAUGGACUGACAAGAACAAGCUUUUUACCCAAUGCAGUUGCUGUGGCUUGUACGCUUCUUACAUACCAAAAAGACUCAAAAUACAGUAACCAAAGAUAUUUGAAUUCACUUCAGUUAAUGUUAUACUUUCUACGCCUUCACAACAAACUCACAUUCACAGACACUUUUCCAGUUAGAUAACAUUUAAGUUAAUUGUUUUUGAAAUGUUAUUAAUGAAUUAUCAAUAUGUUUGCUUGUCUGAUGCAAGUCAAGAUGGGAAGAGACUUAAAACAUUUUAAAGGGACAGUUCACCCCAUAAUCAAAAAUAUAUUUUUUUCAUCUUGCCUGUAGUGCUGUUUAUCAGUCUAGAUUUCCUUAGUGUGAGUUGCAGAGUGUUGGAGAUAUCUGCCAUAGAGAUGUCUACUUUCUCGUGAAUACAAUGGAACUAGAUGGCACUCAGUUUGUGGUGCUCAAAGCACCAAAAAAAUCCUACCUUUUCAUAUAUGGACACGUUCAUUAAAUAAGCAUUCAACGCCACAUUUCAACCACAUAAAGACCGGCACACAGAGCAAUUAUUACCCUGACUUUGGCCUCAGCAGACGAGUCAUAUAUUCACACAAGUCUGUAAACUCGCCACGGGAAGGCCACACCAACACUACUGCUAAUUUGUGACAGUCAUGCUAGCCACCUGCUUGCAUUCAUCUAGCGUGCAUCUACUCAUGAGAGGCUCGUGCUGGUGACAGCAUGAGUUGUAAACAGUUAAGGAGAAAGUAAAUACUUCCCACAUGAAACUGCUCACAACAAGGUCUGUGGAUUAUCUUGAGUGACCGGGUCAUUAUUUCUGUGAAGUGACAUUGCUGUUGAGCUUUUCAAAUGUAUUUUUUUAGCACCUUGAGCACCACAAGCUGAGUGCCAUUAAGAUCCAUUAUAUUCUAGAGGGGUCAGACAUCUCCAACACUCGACAACUCACACUGAAACAAUCUAAUUUAAUUAAUAGCACUACAGGUAAGAGGAAAAACAUUUAUUUUUUGAUUUAAGAGUGAACUGUCCCUUUAAGGUACAGAAGGGACACAAAAAAUGAGUCAUGUGUAAAUAUACAGCUCAUUGGACUGUACAGUAAAGGAUCAAAUUAAACUAUACAGCGAAUAAUGCCUUAGAUUAGUUGGGUAAAAUGAUUUUCCAUAACGUUUUCCCAUGACAAAGAUACAGUGUUAGCUGGGACACAUGCUGUUCACUUUAUCAUACAUGUUCACAGUGCUCACCACAGUUUUUUAUCCAUUUUAAUCAACAGGAAAUAAAUCAUAUGCAUAAUUAUCGCAGUGCAAUAAUCAAUUUAACGCAGCGUAUGUUAUGUAUGUUAUAUGUUGCUUCAUGUACUGCAUUUGCUAAAAUGAAUGUAAGCUUUACAGAGAGAUUGACGGAGAAUGAUGAGGAGAUGCAGAGUUAUGUGGAGGUUAGAUGGGGCAUUGACGCACCUGAUUAAUCAAGCACUGUUUCCAUGAUUCACGAGAAAAAGACUAAUAGGUUUUUUGUUUUGUUUAAACCAGGGGUGAUAAAACUUAUUUUAGCCCAUGAGCUACAUACAUCUUGAUUUGAUCUCAAGUGGGCUGGACCAGUAGAACUAUUGCAUAAUAACCUAUAAAUAACAACCCCUCCACGUUUCUAAGUUUUUCCAUAUUCAGUGAGUCUAAUACUCACAGUCAUUUUUCCGUACAUUUCCACUCCUGUGUAGUAAUGCAGGCAUCACCAACCAGCAUUAAGUGGAAGCUAUUGAGGAAGCAGGUUAACUUAUUCCCUGCCUUGCAAACCAUUUUCAAAUCAAAUGAUUUGGCAGUGCCUUAGCAAUAGGCUUCCACCAAUACUGUUUUCAGAUAGAAGUCUGAUCCAGAUUUUUUUGUACUGAAGCUGCUAGUUGCCAAUAUUUUGCACAAUGUUCAGUAUCUUUAAAUAGGACCACAAUAAGUAUUUGUUUUUUCAGAGAACUGUAUUCUGGUCAUGGCGGAAAACUGCAUGAAGUAGGCUACUUAUCGUUUAACACAUCUUAGCCUUCACAAGUGCAUCAAUAUUAGGUGUGCAAAGUCAUCCAGUGGGCCAGAUUGGACCCUUUGAUGGGCCGAUUUUAGCCCACAGACUGUAUGUUUGACACCCCUGGUUUAAACAUCGAUGACUACAAAUUCAGUGAACAAAUAUUAGCUAUCAACAUGUAAUGGCAUAUUGAUUGUAAUAUUCAUAUUGAAGACCAAUGUUUGUAUGCCUGAGUUUUUUUGUGGACCACCUGUUAUGUCUUUCAUGAGGAACAAUUAACGUUUUGUGCCUGUACUUAUUGUACAAAGUGCCUGUUUGGAUGAGGUUUAGGAGCAAAUGCGUAUGUCAGAGAAGGUACAACUAAAUGUUGUUAAACGUUCAUGGGAAAAAAGGUGAGAAGAAUGUUGUAUGUUGUGAAAUAUUAACCGAAGUGUUUGUGGGGAAAAAAGGAUAAGAGGAAUGGACUGUAUUUUAAAUACACACUUAACUUUAAUGUGCAUUCUCUUUAACUUCUGAAGUUUCUUGUUAUACUUGAUUUGCACUUCUGUUCAUUCCAUUUCAAUGGCAUUGUUUAAAACUUGAUUUGCUCAAACAGGUGUCGUUCACAAUACACAUAUAAAUGACUGUAACACUGAGAACAUUAUGUUGCAAGAUGGUGGCAAUUAGCUGUAAACCUGCCUGCUGCCUUCAAAACACAACUGGCUUUCUGUUUCAUCCAUUUUAAACCAUUCCCAUCUUGCCUACUCCUGGACCAGCACACACAACAGAUCAUUCCUACACUCCUUGACAUGUAGGCCAAAAGCAUCAGCACAUUUCUAAAUAUUUACUUCUAUGUGUCUUUUGAGUGACAGGGACACCUGCAACACGGUGACCUGGCUCCUUCAGCAGGAUUAAGCCUAUUGCUGUCACGGAUUGGUUUCAACCUGGGUCACCUUUGGACAAACGAAACACCACCGUCAUCCUCAAAUCAUUGCAUUUUGGACUUUUGCAAGCAGAUUUUUUGGGGGGUGGUGGGGUUCUGUGAUUGCAUGCCUGCAUUUGUAUCCCAUUUUUCUCUCAUUUCAUAACUGUAUGAUGUCUGAAAACAAAUGCAAAAUAAAAGGUGAUGACACACAAAUUA